AUGAGAGAGGGAGCUGCAUCGAAAAGAAAAUACGACGGUUGUUUGCUGAUUGAGCUCCCAUGGCUUGGUUGCGAAGGAAAGGAGGACGCUCAAGUUGAGAGGAAGGACACUGUGCACUUCGAGACGGAAGAGAUGGGAAUUAUAUGGAAGCGAGAAGGAGCAAUUGUGAUAUGGUGUGAGGCUGGAGGAGGAGCCGAGAAGUGUCGACUGGGAGAUAGGAGCAGUCCCUUCUGCAACGAUUGUUUUCGUAAAGGGCUCUUAUCACCAUCGCCGCGGAAGGAAGUCUAUCCCAUCGCUAUUGUCUUCUCAGUGAAAAAGAUUUCUCUUCCACUCAACCUCCUGACUCCCCCGACGUCUAGUGGCAGAGCGAAAACGGCGAGCACCCGUCACGACAGGGGGCUUUGUUCAGAUUCUCGCUGGCGGAAUACCUUAGAAUAUCUUCGUGGCAGCCCACUAGCUUUGGUGACGCAGACCCGGGGUCGUUUUCCAGCAGGGGCAAAACAGAGUUGUAGCUUUCCUUCAAAACCGUCCCAGAUUGUGAAGCCGAGGGAUGAAGAGGAGGUCGUGCAGACGGAGUUUGCCAGUUACGGUGCGCUGGGGGGGCGUGCGCGUGCCGAGUGCGACGCCCGCGAGGCGCUGGACUCGUGCCUGCAGCACGCGCCUCCGCCGCACCCGGGGCCGUCGCUGCCGGCCACCGACGAGGAGGUCACCGCCACCUGCAGGUCGUUCAAGGCGCGCAUCCGCUGCUUCGACGAGUUCGUGGGCGGCUGCGGCGACGACGGCGCGCGCGAGGCCCUCAACGCCCUGUCGGCCGGUGCCCGCCGCGCGCUGCACCGCCUCUGCGACGACCGCCCCUUCCGGCAAGAAUACCUGAAACACGGGCCUUGCUACCGAGACGUCACCCCUGGCUGGGAAACCUGUAGAGGGCAGUUCCUGUCCACUACGCCUUCGCCCAACUGCUGCGCGCGGCAGCGCUUCCUGGCGUGCGUGCACGCGGAGGGCGAGCGGCGCUGCGAGGCGGAGGGGGCGCGCCUGCUGCGCCAGAUCGCCGCCAUGCUGACGGACGCCGCGUCCUACCGCGCACCCUGCCCGCUCGACGCCUGCGCGCGCGCCCGCGCCGCCCCCGCC